UUGUAUUUUCCGUGAAAAUUUGAAUAACGAGAAUCGAUCUAAUUCGGCAUACUUUUGUAGCCACGAAUGGUAUUUUUGAAUGAUAUCGAUGCUGCCGAUGUCGAUAAACAAACAAGUACUCGAUGAUUCGCCUCGACAGUCUGCUAUCAAUUCAAUUUCAAUUUUCGGAUUUCGGUAUAGUGUCAAUAGUGACUAGUGAGUGGGCAGAGGUUAUGUUUUAGUCAACAAAAAAUAAAAUAUUGUAACAAUUUAUUUUCAGUAUUGCAGUUUCGUGUAUGACUGUAUUUGGUUGUACUCAAUAAUAUCACAAUGUAUUUAACCAAAAUAUUAGUGCUGUUAUGUGUGGGCUUGUCAUCUGGAUCUGACUAUUACGAGCUGCUCGGGAUCACUAAAGAUGCAGACAACAAAGAGAUAAGGAAAGCCUUCAAGAAAUUGGCAGUUACACUGCAUCCGGAUAAAAAUCAGGGUGACUCUGAGGCUCACGAUAAAUUUGUAAAAGUGACCAGAGCUUAUGAGGUAUUGAAGGAUCCCCAGCAGCGGAAACAUUAUGACCUGCAUGGCGAGACGACCUCCUCUUCCUGGAGCCAAUCACAGUACCAUAGCUACACCUACUACAGGGACCAUUUCGGCAUAUACGACGAUGACCCCAACGUCAUAACCUUAAACUCUGCAGACUUUGAGACUAUGGUGGAGAAAUCACCCAAGCAGUGGUUUAUCAACUUCUACUCCCCACUGUGCUCCCAUUGCCAUGAUCUAGCUCCUGCGUGGCGACGGCUAGCUGCAGAUCUAGAAGGCGUGGUUAUGUUUGGAGCUGUCAACUGUGAGGAAGACUGGAACCUCUGUCGUCAGCAGAACAUUCGUUCCUACCCCUCCUUGGUGCUCUAUCCCUCGAAGGAACGCUACAACGGCCCACACGCAGAGGAGUCUCUCUCCCAGUUUGUGCUGAGCCGAGCUGUGAAGGACGUUCGUACAGUAGCCACCACAGAGGAGUGGACUCAGCUGACAGCUCCCCCCCACCCCUCCAGCUGGUUGCUGGUGCUGUGUAACAGUGACUCUCUGCCCGACUGUCUGGUAGACGAGCAGCUCACCAGGCUUGCUGCGGCUCUGUAUGGUCUCGUGGGUGUGGCAGUACUGGACUGUGUCUCUCUACCGAUCUGUACUCAGCUGACACAGGGAGACUACACCAGUACAGUAUUCUGGCAGAGGGGUGGGGACGGAGAGAGUUUUGCUACACGGACUGUCGUUAGUGAGCUGCCUCGAGACAUGGCCAAGGAAGUCUUUACAUAUCUGCCAGAGCCUCAGGAGCUGGAUGUUAAUUCCUUCCAGGACAUGGUCACACGACUAGAGCUUGGCUCCAGUACAGCCUGGCUGGUAGAUUUCUACCUGGGCUCUGACUCUGAUCUGGACCUAGAGAUGAAGAAACUUGCGGCGAUGUUGUCCUCCAUGAAUGUAGGUCGAGUUAACUGCGCCCGCUAUCCCUCUGUGUGUGCGGACAUGUCAGUGUCCCGCUACCCCUCGGUGGCAGUGUUCAAGGCGGGGGGAGGACACGAAGUGUUCCACGGAACAGUAACUGCUCUGGCCGUAGCUCAGUUUGCUCGGGAAAGUGCCAGAGCUACCAACAUCCGCACACUCUCUCCAGAACUUUUCCCACAACUCGUCACUCAAGGAGCAGAUGGCAGCUCACCAUGGUUUGUGGACUUUUAUGCGCCAUGGUGCCCACCAUGUAUGCGGCUGCUACCUGAGUUGCGUAAGGCAAGUGAAAGAUUCGACACUGUGGUGCGGUUUGGUACGGUUGAUUGCACCAUACACUCGGCGCUCUGUAGACAGCACAAUGUCCAGUCCUACCCUACCACAAUGUUGUUCAACGUGUCUCAACCAUCACAGCUGUUCCGCGGAGAACACACAGCUUCCUCUAUCAUUGACUUUAUACAGGACAUCAUCAACCCCCAAGUGGUGAAGCUGACGGAAGAGACAUUCUAUACAUCUGUGGGGCGGAAGCCCCUAGACUCCGUAUGGUUGGUGGACUUCUUCAUGCCGUGGUGUGGACCCUGUCAGGCACUGGGCCCUCAGUGGCGGAAACUGGCCAAGAUGGUGUCUGAUCUGCCGAAAGUAUUUGUGGGGGAGGUGAACUGCCAGGAGGAGCUAGAAUUGUGUCGACAGCAGGGGGUUCGCAGCUACCCCACAAUCAGACUCUACCCCUUCCAGAGCACUGGCCUCUCGACUGUGGCCAUGUACAGUGGAUACCAGAGAGAUGCCAAAUCUAUCAGGAUGUGGCUGUACAACUUCCUACCUUCUUUAGUGGAGGAGUUGACUGCUGAGAAGUUCGAUCAGGUCAUAAAGGGACCGGAUGCUUGGCUCAUUGAUUUCUAUGCUCCUUGGUGUGGACACUGCCAUGCCUUCGCACCAGAGUUCGCCACUGUAGCCCAGAGGUUGGAGGGUCGGGUCAAGUGUGGGAAGGUGAACUGUGAUGUGGAGCGUGUUGUGUGCCAGAACGCAGGAGUCUCAGCGUAUCCGACUGUACAGUGGUACCGGCCGGCGUCGCGCCAGACUCGCGGCCAGGAGAUCACCACUCAGCAAGCAGACAAAAUCGUCAACUUUGUCGAGGACCAGCUGAGACACCUGCGGGGCCAUGAUGAGCUUUAACUGUGAUAUUAGUUAGGUGCAACUGAUAUUUGCCACUUUGGCAGUUAGGAAUUACGGUCAUUAGGAAUUUUGACCACCAAGUACUAUGGUAAUUAGUCAAUAAAUCAUUCAUAUUGUAUUGACUUUAACAGAAGUCAACUUUUUGUUAGAUGGAUUAUGUGGUUUGUAAUCAAUGUUACUGUAGGAAACUUCCACAAGGUAUUUCUUGAAAUUCAUCACUAAUUCCACUUCAAAAUCACGUUUAUUCUUACCAACCCUGGAUUAUACAAUUCAUUCCAUUUCUUGUAGCUAUAUCUGGAGUCGUCUGUACUUUGGCUUUGCGAAUUGGCAGGAUCGUAAUACACUCAUAAAAUAUAAUUUUAAUUUGCUGUUUUUAUCACAGUUCAAACCAACUGUCCUAAAAUAGGGCUUAAAGUUAUAUUGUUUUAAUUCUACACUUCUUCAGCUUAUUCAUUACUAUUUAUUUGUUAUUAGUUCUGUCACUAACCGCUAAAAACCAAAGACUAAUCAUGAGUGAUAGAAGCUCGACAGUUGUUAAAUUUCAAAACAGCUGUUUCUUUGUUCUGUUGAUUUUAUAUCUCUUGGCUUCUGUGAUUUGCCUUGUACUUAUUUUCAGGAGUAGACAUUUCCGUUUACACCUUUAAAAAAAAUUUCAUUUGCUAUACAUAACUUCUAAAGUGUACAAUUUCUUGUCCAGCACAAAAAAUUGAACCUUUUUUAUAUUUUAGAUUUAAAUAUAAAGGGUUUUUGUGAUCUCUGUUUACAUAUUCUUUUAAAAACCAGUUUUUUUAUGUUUUCAAUUCUCAGAACCUAAAGUCCACGAUUUUGCAGCUAAACAAACAAAUUAUUUUCAGGAUAAUUUAUUCUUCUAAAAUAUUUUGUGCAACACUUGAAAUCUUGUAUUUUCACUCCUACUUAUAUCUGUUUAAAUGUACUACAGUGGACUUUACGUUCCUUCUGUAAAAAUAUUGAUAAAAUGAAAAUUAUUAUAGGAAACAUAAAAAGGCAGUGAACAGCAAAAAUAGUACUCAUGCACGAAGGUAUAACAGUCGGCUGUGGUGAUGACAGAAUAAAAGUGUUUUUUUCCGAUAAUAAAUUACCCAAAGUUCCAUUAAGAUGCAUAGUUUUUUAAAAGCUUUUACUUUUGUAUAAACCAGUCCCACCACUCUUCUUAGUUGAAUUUUGAACAGUAAUCUUGUAGCAUAUAUUAGUUAUAUUAUAUUUUAAAAAUUAUGAAAUAAAUAUUUUUCAUUAUAUAAUCUGUUGUACUAAUAAAAAAGAAAGCUUUGCACAAGAUUUUCACCACACUGUUCAUCUCUUAACUAAUACUAAAGUAUUAUUACAAUCUGUAAUUUUAAAACUUAAGUACAAAUAUAAAAUAAUGAAAAUAUGUCUAUACAUAUCUGUGAGAUUUGUUUCUUAACCCUUUAACUGUUGAGUUCCUGGAAUCACGGCAACACUCCAACCACCAGGCUUAGUUACAGUAUUUUUUUCCCAUUUUUAGGAGUUUUUGACGUAACACAUUAUUUAAAGAUUAAUAAAUAGAGUAAACAAUUCAUUAACAAUGUUUACAAACAUCUCAAAUAAUGUCAACCGAGAGUUGAUGAGGUAAUAUAAACAAUUAUUUUAUCAACAAAAUAUUACCACUAUUAUGAGUAAACAUUGGAAAACACCUCAUAAAAUAUCAAUGUAACCAUUCCCAAACUUGUGUACGAUACAAAGCAACGUGGCAUCCAAGUAGUUUGAGUUAUGUCCACAAGACUGCACCACCAACUGGACAGUUAUCUUCUAGACAUUUCUAACAUAAUAAAACAUCAAGUAACACAAUAUAACAGCUGAUACAACAAAAAUAAAACUUAUAAUAUAAAAACGAGUAUACUCAGGCGUUGCAGUAGUUCGUAAAACUAGAUUUGCACAGUAUCUCGGGCGUGGCAGUUAAAGGGUUAAAUAACUUAAAAACAAACAAAUACAAAAUUUUUAGAAAUUAGAUUUUAAAGGGUUUUUAAUUUAUUAAAUACAGGGUACUUUUAACUAUAUAAUUUUUAUGUUAAUGUUAAUUUAGUAAUACAGAAUUGCAGAUUUAUUGUUUGGUCUUGUUACUUAAAAAAAGGCUAAGUAAAUUUAUAAGUGAAGUUUUAUUGUAUUUCUUAUGACAAAAUUUUAAACAUUUUUAUUACAGAUUUAAACUUACUUGCCUGUAACACUUUGUAUCUUUAAGUUUUGUACUCACAUAAUAUUUUAUAAUUUGUUCAUUUUAGUGAGUUUUGGAUCUCAUUUUCUUAAAUGAAAUUAAGAUAAAAAUUAUGGUCUAAAUAAUUUUUCCAGCCAUACUAAUGAUAUUACCUUGCCUCAACAUACUUAUUUAGCUUUAUAUAUGCUUUUAAAUAUAAAUACUUUUAAAUUAAAUGCAUUAAUAUUUUUAAGCCCACAGUUUAAUAACACUGUUAUAGUUUGGUAAGAAAAUCAAACUAUUAUUUUUAUCAUUUUGUACAUUGUGAAGAUGACAUAAUGCCAAAAACAUGUUGUGUUUAGUGUAAUAAAAUGUAAAAAACUAAGGAUAGUAGUUUGCUUUUCUUACCAAUACAGCAAAUGUUUAUUUAAUCAGUUAAUUUUUUUCAAUAAAGGAUAUAGAGAGGUUUUGUGGAUACAGACUAUUAUUGAAUUAAAUCACAAAACCUUUAUGUUCAUUACACUGUUAAUCGUAUAAUCUGUUUACUAUUGUAAUCAAAUUACUGUUUAUAUUAAACCAAAAUGGAGCAUACUUGUGUAAAAUAAAUUAACAAUAUAAGUCUAAUGAAAUAGACAUAUAAUGUUUUGCUUUAUUGUGAAAUUUUAUAUUUUAGUUUAUUCAAUCUAAAACUGCUAUUAAUUAGUUAUAUUAAUUUUCAGUGGUUUUACUCACUAAUAUCAAUGUUUGCUUUAUUCAACUAGAUUUACUUAUCCCCAAAUGUGAGGAGUAAUAUUUUACAUCUAGUUUUGGAUGUAAUAAGUGGAUUGCGUUACCCAGUGAUUAUUAAAUUAUGUAUUAUUGAUUAUAAUUAUUGAUCUAUUCAAAAUAGUGUCCAUUUGAUUAUGUACUAAAAUAAUAAUACAGUCAACUAUAAAUAAAUCAAGGACUCUGUAAAACAA